UAUUGGUUGAAGUAGUCGUAGUCACAGAAUUGUCAGUGAAUGCAAUUAUAUUUCUCUUUUCCUUACCAGAUUUUUUUACACUUUGAAACUUUGGACUUUUCCUCUCAUCUGUAUUAGUUGCCAGUUCAAUGUCAAUUUGAAACUUUGGACUUUUCGUCUAUGUAAUUGUAACACCUUGUAAAUAGUUUUAUCUUAUAUGUACAGUGAAAAUCAAAAACAAGUUAUUAUUUCUUUAUUUAAAUUUUGAUGUAAAUAUAUAUUUGUAAAUUCUACCCACGCAUGCACGGCACAUAGUCAUCAAUAUUAUGAUGGAGUGCGGAAACUGAAAGAAGAAGAAGAACAAAAAAACACGCCCCUGGUGUAUGUAAGCUGACUGAUACUGGUGACCUUGGUCAUGGGACAUGUUUACUUCCUCGACCUCGUACCUUAACAGAUUUAGACAUACCGAACCGGUCAAAAUGACUGAUGCAGGACAAACAAGAUUUCUGAGGUGUAAAGUGGCCGCUUUCGAUGUUUUUACAGAUAUAAUGCGGGAAUAUAUGGUGCAGAUAGGCAUUCCUCCAAAAGUAAUUUUUGAAAACAUAAUGAAGUGCUCGUCAUUAAAAAAAACUCUAAACUCGAAAGAAUUUGACAAAAUCCAGACUCUGGAAAAAGCGGGAUUUAAAGAAUUUGAUAUCAGCUUAAUGUACAAGAUUGUGAAACAUCAAAAAUUUGCCAUGAUAAUUCCGGAUAUACCAACACGUAAGUGGGGCUCAGAACCAUUAGAAGACGAAAAUACAAUCGGAGAUAACAUUAUGCGCAUUUAUAAAUGCAGAAAUGACUUAGCUCAUAAAAUCGAUACGACUAUCCUGGAAUCAGAAUUUAAAGAAUUGUUUGAAAAAUAUAUAGACAUUGGCAGAAGAGCUGACAGUCAUCUAUCAAAGAGUGAAUAUUGCUUUAGGCGUCGCAUAGAAAAAUACAAAACUUGUUGUAUUGACAAAGACAUGGAGGAAAAAAUGGAUGAAUUGGCCCGAGAAAUUGAAGAUCUACUUAUAUUGGUUAGGUCAAAAUCAAGACAGGGUGUUGUUGUAGUCAUGGUUGCUUCAACUGGAACGCAAAUUGCAAUUGAACAAAUACAGGCUACAGGAUCAUUUGAAGGAACAAGUUCAGCAGAAUUAAGAAUACCUGGUUUAGAAAAUUCAUACGAGAAAGCCGAACUGAUUUAUGAAAGAAAGGAUGAUAUUAACACAGACAAAAUAUCUAUCAAAAGGGCAACAGAUGGAAGUUUGUUACUAUUUUUGGCAAUAAAAAACAGCUUAUUUCAAAGUGACAAAUCGAUGGAAACUGAAUUGAAAAGUUUUAUUGACCAACUGUUUAACAUUGCGGAUUUGAGAUGCACUUUAUAUAGCCAGUGCAAUGUAGCUCUAGACAUGGAGAACGAAAAUGAUCAUUCAGAACAGAAAAUGGAUGGGCAAGCUCAAGUGGCAAUGUCUGAAGGCAAUCCAGGUAAACCAGAAUACCAAUACAAAGCAACUCCUUCGAUGGACAUCAUGACAGAACGUAGUGCACGAUCCAGAUUUGACAUAGGAGGACAUCCCAAAAUGACGGGCACGAGUAAAACAAGUCAUUUCAGUAAUAGUUGUCUUGCGUUUGUUGCAGUCAUAUGCGUGAUUGCAGCUGUUUGUACUAAAUAUGCGUUUGACAGAGCCUCCAACGAUCCGGACAAAAUAGUUGUGACCCCUUUGAAUAUUCCAAAAAUUAAUUUAGAAAAUUCAUCGAAUGUAAAUUUGGAUUCCGAUUUGUUCUGGGGAACAUAUCGCUCAAAUUUAUAUUUCGGAAUGAAAACGAGAUCACCAAAAUCUCCUGUGGUUGGACUGAUGUGGUUUGAACAAUACAUAGAUAAAUGGAAAAAUCCUGUUAUUAAGAUUAGACACUGGUGUGACCAAGGAGACUACCUUAAGAAAUAUGGAUGGUUGAAACAUGAUGGAAAAAACUUCGGUGUACAAGAAAUUGUUGAGAACAAUUUCAAGUUCAACACCUCUUUUGUGAAGCGACCAGGAGGAAUCAAUGGUGGAGAUUGGUCAUCGAGAAUAACAGCAAUACCAAUUGACAACAAACAUAAAACGAUAGUAUCCUUUCUUGUGUACUUGGCUGUUGAAGGUGAAGGAAACCUUUUACCUGUUUUAAACGACGAAGACCGCAUUGAUUACAUAAAGGGAUCAACCAGAGAUUUAGGUCAUUUUGUACUAAAGUUUCCAAAGACUAAAUUGACAAAAAAAGUGAAAUUUUCUCACAUCGUUACAAACAGUGCAAAUUUUACUCAACUCGACUCAUUAAUAAAGACGGAGAUAACUCACCAUUUUUGGACCAAUACUCACUUUUUUAAAUCUUUAUCAAAAAAAUGGCAAAAUUCACCAAACUUCGUUGUUUACCAGGUAACAGCAGAGCUUCCUGUCGAAUUUGACAUAGUAUUCGAAUCAAAGAGUUUUCAUCAAAGACAGGACUGUCUUACAGACAAUAUCUUCACACGAGCAUUAGAAGGAUAUUCACACUCAUUCGAUGAGCGUUUUUCAUCAAUAUUUCAACUUGAAACAAAGGGAUUCAAUACACGUUCAAUUGAGUUUGCAAAAGCUGGUUUAAGUAAUUUACUUGGAGAAAUAAGCUACUUUUAUGGCUCAUCUCGUGUUAAAUCAGUGUUCAACAAGGAACCUAUUGAUUAUUGGUCUGCUCCUCUAUAUACCUCAAUUCCAUCAAGGUCAAUUUUCCCAAGAGGCUUUCUAUGGAAUGUUGGCUUUGAUAAUCUUCUUAUCAGCCUUUGGAAUUCCAAAAUUUCUGAAGAAAUAAUUGCGUAUUGGUUAGAUUUGUUGAACAUUGAAGGUUGGUUUCCAAGGGAACAAAUUUUAGGACAUGAGGCUAGAGCUAAAGUCCCGGAAAAAUUUGUUGUACAGGAAAAUGGCAUUGCUAAUCCUCCAACAUUUUUUCUUACACUUCAAAAUCUUAUUGCAAGGGAUUUGACCAAUACUACUUUUUUGAAAAAGAUUUUUCCAAGAUUGAAGGUGUGGUUCAACUGGUUGAAUACCAGCCAGGUUGGUGAGAUACCAACUACUUUCUACUGGAGAGGCAGAAACUAUGGAGCAGAAAUUGAGUUAAUUCCAAAAACUUCAUCAUCCGGUUUAGAUGAUUAUCCUCGGGCGUCCCAUCCAUCGUCUGUUGAACGCCAUUUGGACCUUAGAUGUUGGAUAGCUAUAGCAUCUGGGGUGUUGUCUGACAUAGCUAAGAAAACCAACAACGAAUGGCAUGAGUACGAUGAUACGUAUCAGCUGUUGAUGAAUAAUGAAAUUCUUGAUUAUUUCCACUGGUCACCUAAAAAAGAAAUCUAUAGUGAUUAUGGUUUUCAUACAGAUGAUUUAGCUUUGUAUAAUAAUAUUGAAGAAAAACGUAUUCUCAUGACUGAACCCAGACUACGAUUCAUCGAUAAUUCAUUCGGAUAUGUGAGUUUGUUUCCAUUGAUGCUAAAAAUAAUUGAUCCAAAUUCCCCAAAGCUUCAAAGGGUUCUUAAAGAUUUAUUGAAUCCGCAAUUACUAUGGACAUGCUAUGGAUUGCGGUCUCUUGCAACAACAUCUCCAUUUUACCUAAAGAAGAACUCAAAAACUGAUAAUCCGUCCUGGCGAGGGUCAAUUUGGAUUAAUAUGAAUUAUCUAGUUUUAAGUGGACUCAACUAUUAUUCGAAUACACCAGGAAAAUAUCAGACAGAAGCAGCAAAAAUUUACAAAAGCCUCAGGAAUAAUUUAGUAACAAAUGUUAUGAAGGAAUAUUACAGACAAGGUUACUUAUAUGAGAAAUACAACGAUAAAACUGGAGAAGGAGAGGGUUGUCACCCUUUUUCUGGAUGGUCGGCACUUAUUGUGGCAAUCAUGGCAGAAAUAUACGUUUAAUGCGUAUUCGGUAAAAUACUCCUUUAUUUCGUAAGUUGGGUGAUUUCGUAUGUAUAAUACAUUUCAUUUAUAUAUGUUCUAAUUAAAUAUCAUUUGUAUCGUAACUUUUAACUUCAUUGUCAGAUUUCAGUAGUACAUUUUUUUGCGUUUUUGAAUAUUUUCCCUUUAUAUAUUGCUAUAAACAAAACCAACUUUAAAAAACUAGUAAGGUAUUUGGGAAUAAAUGUCAUUUAUAAUCGGGUUGAUAUGAUUUGCGUAUCUUUUUUAAUAAAUUUGUUUUUUUAUUUUUUUUUUAAAUAGGAAAUUCUAUUGGACCAUAUACAUGAUAUAAUAAAUCUUAUCAUACAUUCUCAAUUCGUUAAUUCCAGUUAAGUGUUAGUGAUGUCUGCCUAAAAACCUAAAACAAAAUUGCGAGAUGUUGUAAAAAUGUAUGAAGUAAGCAGUGUAAUUUCUAGCGGUGAAGCAAUGCAUGUCGUAAUAAGGUAAACUGCUAUAUUUCAGUAUAGCCUGUUUUAUGUAUGUCCUGAACAAUAUUCGGCACAACUAUUUUGCUUUGUUUUUGUUUUGAGAUGCCUUUGAUUCCGUUUUUGAUUUUGGCCUUCAAACUUGAUUCGUGUUCAACUUAAUGAACAGGGAUGGAUUGUGGUUACUACAAUUGGAACAUAUCUGUCGUCAUCUGUAAAACAGAUAUUUCAUAACGGAGAAAAAAAUGUUAAACUAACAUGUAGUAAGAUCUGUUUCCUUGAACUUUAAACAAUUCAAUAAAUGAAGAUGUACGAAUAAAACAAAAAAAUAAAGUUACAAAAACAUAAACUUGUGGUAAAUUAAAACUGUGAAGAAUAUACAUACAAAAAAUCAAAGAAUACAUGAUCAUAGCAAAUUUCAUACAUUUAAUGUUCAUAUAAGCUGAAUUUCCUUUAUCAUAUAUGGAUAUAGAGUAUUUCUUCUUGGUGGUAAUGAAAUGUCAUUGACGUGUACUCUAUACGGUAUUGGUUUUUCUAAUUCUGAAGGCUGGAUGUUGACCUAUAGAUAUUUAUAUCAAUGUCAUUUGAGGUGGAUAGUUGUCUCAUUGGCAAACCACAUCUAUUUUUUUUGGAAUUUUGUAAAUGUAAAAGCAAUAUUAUAAAGUGUUUCUAAUACUUUUCCAAACAUAUAUCAAAGGUUUUUUUUUAAUGCCGUGAUAAAUUUAGUUCCAUUUUGUUUUCGUUAUAUGUCAUCAAACAAAUUUGAAAAUAUUUGUAACUUCAGAUAAUCGAUAAGAAAGUAUUUUCCUUAACAAAAGUUUUCAUAACUCUUAAAUGAUUUACCUCUAUGAUAUUUCAUCUUAGUAAUAUAGUGUGGCGUGGUCAAUUACAUGACAGAUUUGAUGGUUAAUACAAAGAUUUCAUCAGUUUAAUCUUUCAUCUUUAAUGAAUUUUGACAUCUUAUAUAGUACAUCGGAUGCUCUGUAAACUUGCAAUAAAAGUGAUGAAUUUAUAAUAAUAUUCCGUUACCACAAAACAGGGUUUGGAAUGAAAUAGAAACCAAAUUAGCAUAGAUUUAAACCUUUAUAAUCUACAAGUUUUUGUUAAGAAUAUCGAAUUGUACACAGGUGAUUUUAUCUAGAGAUUAUAUUUGUGAACACACAUUGUCAAUUAUGCCUGUUAAACGAAUAUGUAUGAAUAUUAAAGAUGUGAACAUUAAACAAACUUUAGUUUUGACAACAGUAGUUAAUUAAUACGAGUAAAUGUGAUAGUUUGAUCCCUAUGUUGUCGGGUAAAUGUUAUAUCAGACCCGGCAUAUAUUUAUUAUGAAGUAUAGGAUUCCGGACACAUAAUAAUGAUCAAUCAAUUAUAUGAUCAUUUAAACAGUUAAAACAAUAUUCUUUCCAUCCACUUCCGAGUUUCUGGUGUAUAACGGAGGUAUGAUGCAUGCACAAUUUGGAAGAAUUAUCAAAAAAAUGGCGUGUUCGGAAGGAAGGAUCAAUUCGUGCAUCCAUUAGCAGAUAACUAGCCUGGCGUUUGAUGGCAAUUUAUUAUGCAAUAGUUUGACUAGACGCUAUAAUGUACGUGACAUACAGUAUUUGGGAAUCUGUGUGUCGAUCGCUUUAAUUCAUCAUUUCUGGAUAUGCAUUUGCCAGAAAUUGAUGUGAACAACACUGCAUGGUGGUAUUAAAUUCAAUCUUUGGAAGACAUUAAAAGAAGUAGCUCUUUAAAAUUUCUAGGGAGCACAAAGAGCAACACUAACUGUAACCGUGAAGUGCAAACUUUUAUGCUGAUGACACUGUUUAUUUGUAUAUCUAAGGUUCUACUCUAUGUUUAAGUCUACAAAGUCCUUGAACAGGAUUUAAAAAAAAACUAAAUAAGUGGACAUAGAGUUAAUAUGUUUAGAUAAAAUGCGACACAAAAGUCGUGGGUACAUCUAAAGGACUAGAUACCAGAAUGUCAAAAUUGCAUCUCAAAAUUCCAACAUCAAAAAAAGAAUUGUUAAUGGCGUUUCCUGAAUUUUCAUUUUAGUUCUUGGUUUUUCUUUUAAAUCUUUAUUUAAUGAAUUUAAAUUGUAGUCUUCAUACUAAAUCCGAUUUUGUGUAUUCGCUCAUGUUGCUUAACUUCGUUUCAAUCUCUAGCCAUUCAAAAUGUGGGGAUGUUCUAUGAAGUUAAGAACAAAAGCUAAUAAAUGUACCUGCAUAGGUACUCGAUGCAAAAGAUUGGCAGUGUUGGGCAUUCAAAGGUUACAAGGUCCCUGAGUAGUACGAAAUUCAUGCUGAUUCACUUUAUUUAUUGAUUAUUUCGAUUGCCCAGGGAUAAUGAUCAGAUGAUUUUACAUGACGCUUUUGAUAAUUUGAUUAUUUAGUUUACACUGAUUUGAACGCUCCAAUUCAGAAUAAACCUUAUUAUAUGUAACGAAACAUAUCUAAUAAUUGUCAAACUUUUGUAUUGUACUGCUAUAAUUGAUUUUGUAUGUUUUUAAGAUUUUUUUUUAUGAUGCCUCUAUUUGUUGUUCAAAAUAUCAAUCGUUGGAAAUUGUCAAUUUAGAUUUGUGAAGAGUAAUCUUUGUGCAAGUUUUCCCAAAAUUAUCAUGACAAAAUUUUUUAAUUAUAUAGCAUAGCUAUGUGAUUUCUUUGGUAAUUAGUCUAGUGUUUAGUGUAGUAUAAGUUACAAAAGAAUAGCUUACUCUUUUCAAUAUUCAUAAUGCCUCCUCAUUUGAUAUACUUAUGUAAUUACUUUUUUCUUAUAAUUCGAAACAAAUCUGUGAAUGAUGUGGCGUGGUCAAUGACAUCAAAAUUUUAUGUUCAAUACUCAAAUCAGUUUAAUGAUCUUUCAUCUUAAUUAAUGUUUACAUUUUAUAUGGUACAUGCAAUGUUGAGUUUGAUAAAAGAUGUAAGUUUAUCAAAAUUAUCAAUAUCAUAAAGUUUGGUGUAAAAUAGACAACAUAAUGUUCAUAGAAUGAUUAAGACUGGUCUGUUUUAGUAUCAAAGAGAAUAUAUUUGCGAACUUUCAUAGUAUAUUGUACAAGUUAUAUAAAGACGUAUGCAUAUUAAAGAUGUGAACAUUAAACAAA